AUGCCGAGCACCACCACUUCACCGAAGCACUUCGUACUGGUUCAUGGCCUAUCCCACGGAGCAUGGUGCUGGUACAAGGUCGUGAGCAACCUGCAAUCUGCCGGCCACCGUGUGACGGCGGUGGACCUUGGUGGUUCUGGGGUGCACCCAAGUCGACUUGAGGAAAUAGCCACCUUCUCCGAUUAUGUACAACCACUGAUUCAGUUUAUGGAGUCGCUAUCUGGCGAUGAAAGGGUGGUGUUAGUUGGGCACAGCUUUGGUGGACUUCCUAUCUCCGUCGCCAUGGAGAAGUUUUCACACAUUGUGUCAGCUGCCAUUUUCAUCACCGCUUACAUGCCCAAUUGCAGGGAUCCACCAGCACUCCAGAUGAACCAGUACUUCAAGAAUUUGAAGCCGGAGACUUAUAUGGAUUGUCGGUUCACGUUCAAAGAUGGGUUGCCAGUGUCGGCGGAACUAGGAUGCGAUUACCUAGCCACCAUGAUGUACCGGAGUUGCCAAUCGGAGGAUUUAGCAUUGGCAAAGAUGUUGAUACGACCGAGUAGGUUAUUCUUGGAGGACAUGAGCGAGGAUUCUAUUCUCACCAUAAACAAAUAUGGAUCGAUUAAGAGGGUUUAUGUAAUAUGCGAGAAAGACCAGGUGAUGGAUGAAGAAUUUCAAAAAUUCGUCGUUGAAGACAGCCCCCCAGAUGAAGUAAAAUACUUUCCUGAAGCUGGUCAUAUGAUCAUGUUAUCAAAACCGAAUGAUUUAGCCCUCUAUUUACAAGAAAUUGCUAAUACAUACCCAUAA